CGGCCCAGUACCGCGUCGCCGAACCCUCAAGACCGUCGUCGACGACACCAACGCUUCAAGGAAACUCAAGAUGGGCCGGGGACCGAAAAAGCACUUGAAGCGCCUUGCCGCUCCCUCAGCAUGGAUGCUGGACAAACUGAGCGGAACUUAUGCUCCCCGCCCCUCCCCUGGUCCCCACAAACUCCGCGAAUCCCUUCCCCUUACUAUCUUCCUCCGCAACAGGCUGAAGUAUGCCUUGACCGGUCGUGAAGUCACCAUGAUCGUCAUGCAGCGGUUGAUUAAGGUCGACGGCAAGGUUAGGACUGACCCGACUUACCCCGCGGGCUACAUGGAUGUCAUUACGAUUGAGAAGUCCGGCGAGCACUUCCGUCUCCUGUACGACGUCAAGGGCCGCUUCACAAUCCACCGCAUCACCCCCGAGGAGGCCUCCUACAAGCUCUGCAAGGUCAAGAAGGCUGCUGUCGGUGCCAAGGGCGUUCCCUACAUCGUCACCCACGACGGGCGUACGAUCCGUUACCCCGACCCCCUCAUCAAGGUCAACGACACGAUCAAGUUUGACAUUGAGCAGGGCAAGAUCGUCGACUUCGUCAAGUUCGACAUCGGUAACCUGUGCAUGAUCACUGGUGGUCGUAAUAUGGGCCGUGCUGGUGUCAUCGUUCACCGCGAGAAGCACAUUGGUGGCUACGAUAUCGUUCACGUGAAGGACUCCCUGGACCGGACGUUCGCUACGCGGAUCACCAACAUUUUCGUCAUUGGCGAGGGUAACAAGCCAUGGGUCUCCCUGCCCAAGGGCAAGGGUGUGAAGUUGACCAUCUCCGAGGAGAGAGAUAUGCGGAGAAGGCAGCGGGCGGCGGAGCAGUAGAUGCUCGUUUGCGGGGUUCAUUUGUAGCGUAUUCUCUUCCUCUUUGCAUUAUGCUAUGCUAUGCUCUGUAUGCACCACAGACGAUCAUACAAAAAUUAUCUGCAUGCACAGCGAAGGAGUGUGUGGCCAGGGGUUGCGAUAUUGCAAGGCAGUCUGGGAUUGGGAUUUGACGAAUGAUAAGUUUACCAGUAAUCUGCUUCCCUCGGCGACACUAUAUAAUCCUUCGGAUGCCCCUUCCUUUCUCUCUCCCAUGCAUCCACCCAGCGUCGCAUUCUGGCUCUGGAGCGUUCGCUGCCAACAUUGACGGUGGCAAUCAUCUUGCCCCAGUCCAGCGACAGAGCAAAGCAUGUCAGCUCGUAGAAUGAACUGUGUUCAGAGUAAGGAACUCCGUAUAGCUGGAAUUUGAGUGUCGAGUUCCGCUGGGGAGUAAGGUCAGCAUGCGUGAAUGGGCGCUGUCGGUUCUUAGCCAGGACGGAAGAGAUGGAUGGAAGCGUGUCCGAUCCGCUUGGCUGGGUGAAGGUCCAGCCUGUUGGUCGGAAUCCGACCGCUCUAUCGAAGUGCCCCUUGAAUCGCUCCACAUAUUCCUUGAGUCUAUCGGAAGUGAUGACGGACAGCGGGACGACGUGGAUGACGGCGUCAAGAGGGUCCGGCGUUAGUAGAGCGUGCAGUUCCGGGUCGUCCUGGCAUCUAAGGAUGGCAGCUUUGCGUCUGUCACAGUAGACUUUCGAAUCGAGGGCGUGCGCGAUGGCUUUGACUAUGCGUUCUUUGCCAAUGGAAUACGUCCCAACUACAACAAGUACUUUCCCGGUGGCUGCGGAUUUGUCGGGUGCGCAAGAAUCUGAUUUCUCUUGCGGUUUCAACCAGGCUUUGACGGAUUGACUACCUGGUCCCGAUCCUUUCCCGGAGGUCGGUUGGCCCUUGACAAUCCUCGAAGCUAGCUCGGCGCAUGCGGAAAUGACAAGCGGCUGCGGUGGGAAGCAGUACUUCGGAUCCAAGUACGUUGUGUCAAGGU